ACUGAUUUAAUUAGCUAUAAAUGUACUUUGCUUCGUUGAUUCUUUGCGCCCUCUUUCAAAAUAGAUGGAAGAAUUAAGUGAGGAAGAAAAGAGGGCUUUGAGAGGCAGCAAAUUUGCUCCUCUUCCUGCUUUGCCCCCUUCUUCUUCCCGUACCCAACCCAGGUUAGCGCACCCUGGUGGACCUCUGACCACGAACAAGGCCGCGGCUUUAGCCAAGUUCCUCGAGAGAAAACUCAAGGACCCUAGUGGGUUGUCUUCUAUUAACCCAGAUGUUCUUGAACUGGCCGUCAAGAAUGCCCAAGACACUGCCCUAACAAGUGGUUCUUCAAAUUCAGGAAGACUGGUUCGACACGUGACCUCAUUUGGUGAUUUUGAGGAGUCACUUGAAGAAGUAGAAAUUGGAAAUUCAGAACCAAAGAAACUAAAGAAGAGAAAGCAAAAGAAGAAAAAAGAGAAAACAAAGAAAAUGAAAAAACAACAGAUGGUGAAGGAUGAUGAGAGUACUAUGUUGAAAGGGCCCAAAAAGAAGUUGAAAUUGUGAUUGUAUUGUCCUUGAACCAGUAUGUUGCUUGAAAAAUCUACUUGGGCAUGGAAAGCAGAAGUUGUUCGGAGAAGCAGGAGAUUCAAAAUGCCUUGAAAUCAAUGGAAUGAGAUAAGUCGCGUACUUAAUAAAAAUUUUGUAGUCUCAGAGGAUGCCAACCAUUUUCAAUCUUUGAUAGGAAUCCACUCGUAAUGCAGGUUAGAUUAUUGAAUGAAAUUAUAGAAUGUGGAGAAGGGAUUUUUAUUGAUUAUUCAUGAGACAUAUGCAGUUGAUUGACCA